AUGGAGCCCGGCCCCGACGGCCCCGCCGCCAUCUGGUUCCGCUAGACGUGCAGCGCAUGGCCCGGCCAGGCCCUGUCGCUGCAGGCGGAGCAGCUGCUACACCAUCAGUGCUCGCGGUAUCAGGAUAUCCCUGUCUUCCGCAGUAAGAGCUACGGCGACGUGCCGGUGUUGGUUGGCGUCGUCCAGUGCACAGAGAGGGACGAGUUCUCCUACCAGGAGAUGAUAGCCAACUUGCCCCUCUGCAGCCACCCCAAUCCACACAAGGUGCUGAUCGUCGGGGGCGGGGAUGGGGGUGUCCUGCGGCAGGUGGUGAAGCAUUCCUCCGUGGAGUCCGUGGUCCAGUGCGAGAUCGACGAGGAUGUCGUUCAAGUCUCCAAGAAGUUCCUGCCGGGCAUGGCCAUUGGCUACUCGAGCUCAAAGCUCAUCCUACAUGUGGAUAAUGGUUUUGAGUUCAUGAAACAGAACCAGGAUGCUUUCGAUGUCAUUAUCACUGACUCCUCAGACCUCCUGGGCCCUGCUGAGAGUCUAUUCAAGGAUUCCUGUUACCGGCUCAUGAAGACGGCCCUGAAGGAGGGUGGCAUCCUCUGCUGCCAGGGCGAGUGUCAGUGGCUGCACCUGGACCUCAUCAAGGUGAUGCGGCAGUUCUGCAAAUCACUCUUCCCGGUGGUCGGCUACGCUUACUGCACCAUCCCCACCUACCCCAGCUGCCAAAUUGGCUUCAUACUGUGCAGCAAAAAUCCAAGCACCAACUUCCUGGAGCCCGUGCAGCCCCUGACGCAGAAGCAGGUGGAACAGAUACAGCUGAAAUACUACAACUCUGAUGUACAUCGGGCACCCUUCAUCCUGUCCGAGUUUGCCCGCAAAGCCCUGAAUGAUGUGUGCUGA